GUGUGUGUGUGUGUGUGUGUGUGUGUGUGCGUGCGCAUGUCCUUGUCAGGGUGAAGCGAGACGACGCAGCUCGACACACACACGUCCACAGACAUGAAUCAGCUUCUGAAAGUUCCACUUCUGGCCAGCCGGGCCUUCAGCAGCUCGGCCAGACAGUUGAGGAACAAAGUCCCCGAGGCCCAGAAGCUCUUCCAGGAGGACAACGGGCUGCCGGUCCACAUCAAGGGGGGAACCUUCGACGUGGUGCUGUACCGGGCCACCAUGACGCUCACUCUAGGAGGGACCUGCUACUCUCUGUACUGGCUGCUGUUCGCCUCCAUGCCUCACAAGAAAGCAUAGAGAAGGAAUCAAACCCCCGGGCUCGGCGUACCGCAUGGAGAACAACGCUCAGCUCCGUCUAACACUAAUGUUUGUUUUGUGCAAUUAAAUUUGAAUGGAAACGAUGAAUAUGUAAUAAAGAGUGAAGAAUU